CGGGCACUGAGUCACGUGAUACAGUUCCACGUCUAAGAAGCGUAGCCCAGAUGCCUGUUUAUAAAAAGUUGUUCACUUCCUCUCCGAGCUCCCUACUUAGUGAAUGAACUGGUAAGAGUCUGCGUCCUACAAAGUGCCCUAGUUUAAUAACUGCAUGCGUUUGGGAUUCUGGCGUAGAAAUUUCUCCCUCCGUGAUUCCAGCAUCAGGAAGCCUGGCUGUUUUUAUUUGUUUUAAGCAGAUGUUUAGUUUUUAAACCCAUGUGACAUGUUAUGUCGCGAAUUAUUUCUCAGAAAUGGAUUUGGAAGAAGCUUUUCAACUUGUCGGGGAGUUUGACGGACACCAGAAACGCAUGGUUGCUGUGUUGGUACUGCUGCAGAUCUACAUGGCGUGUCAGUGCAUGUUCAUCGUUCUCAUCGGUGCUGUUCCCGAGUACCAGCUCGAGGUCAUCACGCAGAGCGGAGGAGAUUUCACACACACCGUAACGUUCACGAAGGACGUCAGCUCCAUCGUGACGGAGUGGCACCUGGUCAAGCAGGAGGCGUACAAAGUGAGCCUGGCAGGAUCGCUGUUUUUUGUGGGCGUGCUCGUGGGAAACGUGCUGUUCGGACCGCUGUCUGAUAAAAUCGGAAGGAAACCCAUCUUCCUCAUCACUCUGUUCUUUGAAAUAAUCUUUGCCUAUGGCAGUGCGCUGGCCCCCAGUUACGAGCUCUUUGCUCUGUCGCGGCUGAUGGUGGGGAUGAUGAACGGAGGGAUGGCACUCGUCUGCUUCAUCCUCUCACAGGAAUACGUGGGUAAAGCCUACUGGGCUCUGACAGGCACGAUAACCAACAUGACCUUUGCAGUGGGCAUCGCUCUGUUCGCUCUUCUUGGCUACUACGUCAGGUCCUGGAGAAACCUGGCUAUGGCUGCUAACUGCCCCGGUGUGCUGCUUUUCCUCUUCUGCAUCAUGCUGCCUGAGUCUCCGCGCUGGCUGUACUCUCAGGGCCGGAUGGCACAGGCGGAGAAAGUGCUGCAGGAUUUUGCUUGCCGGAAUGGAAAGGGAAGUGUGACUCUGAAGCUGAGGAAAACUCCGGGCACAACGGGCACAGAGACGCCCAACGCAGGACUGCUGCAGCUGGUCAGACACCGCGUGCUGCGCUGCAGGACUGUCGUCCUCAUGUAUGCCUGCAGUCUGGUGUAUUAUGGAUUGACGAUGAAUGCAAGUGAUGAUAAAGGCAGUCUGUACUUCACUGUAGCCAUGUACGGCCUGGUGGAGCUGCCAGCCUACCCACUGUGCAUAUACUUCAUCAAUAAGCCCUGGUCAGGGAGACGAAAAUCAUUAGCCAGUUUUCUUAUCCUUGCCGGUCUGUGCUGUCUUCUGUCAGUGGUGGUACCUGUUCAAGCUGAUUCUGUGGUCAGUGGCAGCUCUUUUGCUCUUUUGGGGAAGCUGAUGGUCAGUGCUGCCUUCAACAUCGUCUAUGUAUACACGUCAGAACUCUACCCCACUGUUAUCAGGAACGCAGGCCUGGGUGUGUGCUCCAUGUCUUGUAGGGUUGGAGGCAUUUUGGCUCCUUUUGUACCCAGUAUGAAAGUGCUGCAUGCGUCCAUGCCUUUCAUGGUGUUCUGCCUGACUGGUGUGUCAGCCGGAGCCAUGGGACUCCUCCUCCCAGAAACACUCAACAAACCAGUGGCCGAGACACUGGAGGAACUCUCCGCCCCCGCUUACCAGCGAAUCCUGGACACACAGGUUCAUCUGCUGGCGGAUGAGCAAUUGUCGAAAUGCAGAGGAUCUGAAAGUGAAUGAUACUCACAAACACUCACACUCACGCACACUCACGCACACAGAGGCAUGGACAAACACAGCAAAGGCCUCUCAUUCGUGUAUAUCAUGCCAAAUAGACUCAUACUGUGCCAACCUGACUGACAGAAACAGUGUGUGUGUGUGCGCACGCACUUCGUGCCUUCUAUGAACAUAGCACCGAAGGGAUCAACAGAACAAGUGGAACUGCAUUUCAGCAGAUGAGGAUAUGACCAAAUGCUGACUAAAUAAUUCUUCAUUCCAUUUCACAAACACGCCAUUAAUGCUGCUGCUAAUGAAUAAUUUCUGACUGAUAUCUGUGCACCGCAGAUAUCACUAGCACACUGCUAUUUCACACCAGUAAUUUACAUUAUGGAUGUGUGUCUGAAAACACUACGACAUUAAUGCUAAACACCACCUAUAACACAGAACUGUGGAAUAUUUAUAAAUGCCUCAACUAUCAGUUGUGACUGAUGUAGAGUUAUGUAUGUGUACAGCUGUAUAUGUUAAAUAUAUCUUGGGCUUUUCUCUGGAUUGGGAGGGGAUAAUUUAAAAAUAAAAAUAAUUGGCAAAUGAAAAGAGAAUUGAUUUUUAAAAGGAAAUACCAGUAAGCUAUUUUGGUAAUGAUUUUACCAAUGGACGUGGAUUUGGUAAUGGACGUGCCUGCUAAAAUUUUUUUAUUAAUAUUUAUAAAUAUUAAAAUAUGUAUUAUUUAACUUUACAAAAUGCUAUAAACUGUAUAAUGGGAUGUCAAAGAUGUCAGUAAAGCACAGGUGAGUGAAUUCAGGUAAAUUACAGAAAGUGGAAACCAGACACUUCGAAGUGGAAAUGACAGAUUUUUAACUCUAGCUUGUAGAUAAAACUGUGGCUGUGUUUAAAAUGGGAUACAUGUAUACUGCAUCAGUAUGUACUGUGUACUACAUACUCAUACUUGCAGUAAGCAGCAUGUAGUAUGCACAAACAUAUAACUGGUCAUAUAAUAUAAAAGCUUCUAUAACUGAGCUUGAAUGGAAGAGUGUAGAGUUCCUGACAGAAGUAAAAUUGGCUUGAGGAGAUCCCCAAAUAUAUUUAUAUUUCUUAAAAUAUUGGUGACAAUAAUUACACUUCUCUACAUUGUUCAGUCAGGGGGUGGCACAGUGGCGUAGAUGGCACCUCGCAUGUUCUCCGUGUGCUCUUGUAGGUUUUCUCUGAGUUCUCCGGUUUCCUCCCACCUCCUAAAAACACACCAGUAGAUGGAUUGGCUAUGCUGAAUUGCCCCUAGGUGUGAAUAAGUGUGUAAAUGUGUGUGUGUGUGUGUGUGUGUGUGUGUGCAUGGUGCCCUGUGAAAGAUUGGUGUUCCAUCUGGGAAUUCUCCCGCCUUGUGUUCAGUGUUUCCGAGAUAAACUCCGGAUCCACCAUGACCCUGACCAGGAAAAAGCUGAUACUGAAGAUGAAUGAAUGUUCAGUCAGUAUGAACAAGCUGUUUAAGUGUGUUUUCAGUUUUACAGCUGCACAUAGGCAAAGAUCAGUCUAUGUACUGUGUAUGUGCGGCAUUCUGGGAAAACUUCUAGAAUGUUGCUGUGGCUAAAUACUGAAAAACAGCCAAAGGUGUGGUUUCCUAACAGUAAUUUACUUUGACAUCUCAACUUUGAUAAAACAAAUAUGUUUUAACAAAACAUCACGGUCAUGAUUUUGUUUAGGUGACAUUCCAAUCUUGCCUUGGCUUUCUUCCAAAAAUUAUCUUGUGUAAGGAGCCAGUUUAACACGCAAGGUGGUAUAAACAGUCAGUCUGUCUAAAGAUUAAAGCCUUGCUAGCAAAGUGUGAUUUCCUCACACAGUGAAUAACAUGCUUUGAUUAAGUUGUUGGAUAGCUAUGUGCAGUAAGCAAAACAGACAUAAACCUUAUCAGUUAAGUCUGUAAUCAGAUAGCUGCUGUAAAAAUGUCCAUGAUGCUCCUGCGUCUGAAUGAAAUCUUUAAAUGCAGUUUUCUCGCUUUUCACUUUUGGGGGUAACUUAUGUAGUUUCAAGAAGUAUGCAGAGUGAACAGCAACAUAUCGCAGUGUAAAGGGUUUUCUCAGGCUGCCGCACAUUUUCAAGCCGGAAGUUACAAUUCCACAACACUAUCUAUUUGUGAAUACUGUCUUCCAAUUACAAAUUCUGUUUUCUUUUUUCUUUUCUUCUUUUUUUUUAAAAUCUGACAAUGCAAAAGAAUGCUGCCAAAAGUCAUCAUUAGAUAAUAUCUUAUAUGCAUUUGCAAUGUUCUUAAACACAACUUAUGUAUAGCUAAUUUCUGUCUUCACAUCCCAGGAAUGAGCUCAGUUAAUUCACUCUGUUCUGUUGGUGAGUCAAAUAUGUCUGAUUAAAAGAGGCUCAAAGUGUAUUUGAAAAUCUAAUAGUGUGGUUUCAGUGAGAGGGGGAUAACACACUCUCAGCUAGGAAUUCACAAAGAGGGGAAAUACAGCUUGUAUAUUUAGUCAUUGUAUGUGAAGCCAUGCUUUUCUUACACAAAAUGGAAGAAGAAACUUUCUUUUUAAGAGCAGUGUAGAAUUUUCACUCUGUGUGAUUUUAUGCAUUGCACUGCUGCCACAUGCUUGGCAGAUUGAAUAAUUGCAUGAAUUGAGCAGGUGUACAGAUGAUCUCGGUGACUAUUAAAGUGGCUAGGAAGUGCAUAUUCUUCACAUUUUCUAAACCUGCUCUUCAUGUUUGCUGAGAUGUCUACUUUUAUCACCACAGGCAAUAUUUUAAUGUUUUAUAUGAACUCUGAAAUAUUUUAAUGACACAUGAACUCUGAAAAUGCCUCUAGGCUCUCGUUAUGUGACUAUUGUCUUCUCCAUGCAAGCGUAAUGCACCUCUAAUUGUUUCUGUGGUAUGCAUUCAUUAUAAGACUAUGCAUGUAUAACGUAUUCAGGAAGCUUGCCAUUAUAAUGUAGAUGUAAAAUUUAGAUUAGUAUACUGUUUGUAGUAAAAUUGGUACAUUUAUAUAUGAUUUAUGAUUUAUUGCAUGUAUACACUAUGUAAGGAUAAGGCUGUCUUUUCAUGUUUCAUGUAACAUUUUCACAUUUAUGGAGAACAUUAUACUUUAUAUUUCAUACUUCAUA